GCCAGAAACUGGAGUCAUGGAACAGGAACUGCGGAUUCGAAAAACAGAGCCGCGACUAUGGAGGCAACUAAAGGAGGAAACGCAAAGCCUACGGCAGCAGCCGAACCACGCUAUCUACCGUCCCAACGGCACGAGGCGCAUCAGCUCCCGGUGGCGCUGAAUGCAACCACCCAUUAUUGAAGGGUUCCGAGAAUAUCUCAGUCGAACACUUGUCGUUAGAGUAGGUGCUCGUCGGAGGAAUGCAUCAAUCAAAGAAAUUUGUGGUAGAUUUCUGGGUCGUUUUUUGAAGAAACAUGUGCGCGUGGUCACAGUUGACUUAUGUACUUUCUCGCGACUAUAGGUUUUAAGAGUCCUUCGUGCGUGCUCACUUUUGCUUCUACCAUGUUUCGAGUCUGUCCCGACGACGUUUUAGUGUUACGAGCCCCCCACAAUUUGGUGGCGAGGUGUGUCCGUUACCUUCGAACACGGGUUUGGCUACCUGUGAGAAUUCCGCGGCCGCAUUCAUAGAAAUCUUGAGGGUGUUUGCCAAUUUCUUCAAUCUGAUGCGGCACUGUUUCAGCAAUUCUUCCUAGAUUUUGAGGUGGUCAGGGCAGGGGGUUGGAGGGGGGACCCUAACAUCGAGCGAGGCGUCUCGAGUUCCUUGUAUACUGGCGGCUAACUGAGGUGCAUCUCUCCGUAUCAGAUUACAUGGGAGCUUUUCAACAGGGACUUGCCACCGGAAUUUGUAUUUUUUUCGCUUAUCCGAUCCUCGUGUUCUCGAGGCACGUGUUCUACGCAGGUAGUUGUAGUAAUCACAGCGGUAUUUGGAUGCUCCAUCCAGUUCCGUAGUGGGCGUGUGUGCUGGAUGGUAGAGGCAACUGGGCGACAGGUGACUUGCAGGUGACUCACGAGCUUCCCAGGCUGUCAGGCCUCUUGUCGCUAGCGGCGUCUGUGAGAUGAAGUUGGUGUGGAGAAGCAGUGGGGAAGUGUCCGCAUUUAUGCGACAGUGAUGUGUCUUUGUUGUUGAAUUUCGCCGCUGACAAUCUUCGUAUGGAUCGUUGACUGCAUUCGUGCGUCCGCCACGAACACGCUAGUUUCACGCUGGCGCACCGGAUGCGCGCGUGGUGCAAGCACAUGGUGUACCAUUUCUGUUGGUGGCAUUGGCACCGUUGGGUUUGCGGUAUCGUUUUGCUCUAUGCCCCACGCGCCAAGACCAGAGUGAUGAAUUCGCCGCCAAUGUGUGCACGAGUUUAUUCUGUUCGAGGCUUGGGACAGUGAAAGCCUGAGGUGAACGGUUCGCUGUGCAUCGCGGCUUCGUGGCGCUGGUCUGCCGCUGCGGCCGGGGAAGUCGUGCCAGAAUUGACAUAACACCCUUACAUGUGUGGACGCUUUCAUCAGAAGAAACGGGGGAAAAUUUUUCUCCGUGGCACGAGUAGAACUUUCGUGGGCACACGUAGAAUAGCAUGCCAGUGGAUUUCCGCCACAAAGCCUUCGCGGGAAUACGGGCAUCCCCCGCUUCCUCGGAUUAGCGGCAGUGCCGACCCUGUGUUCUGUGGCAUUGAUCCAAACGCAGAACCCUGGAUCAACUAAUCCCGGAGCAACCAUUGCACCAAAGCGGACACACACAAUCACUGAUGGAAGGAGUGCUGCUUCAGCGCCAUUUUUUAAAGCGAACUUGGCGGAUGCAGAGUGCAUGGUUCACUGCGGCACUACACCACCCACCGGAAAAUGAGUUGCCAGUUGCUAACAUAUUGAUCAUGAUGUUGGUCCCGGGGCCCCAUAUCUAUCACAGACCCGGCAGCCGCUGAAACCGUAACGUCUGGAUGGAGUGGCAGCAGUCGCCGCAAACUCUAUGGUGGAGUUGCACAAGAGGGUAAACGACAGCGCUGGAUGCAGAUAAGGCUUCCGUGGCUUGUGUGCUCGUAACCAUUCAGCGGUGUACGUACAGUUGUUGGUAGUCAGGAACAUCAUUGUGCCUUCAGGCUAAUUCGAAAUGUCGCCUGUAUGGAUCCUUUUUUUCCACCGUGGUAUUAACACUUUCGAGGACGGCAACGGAAUCGAGACAAAAUGUCUACGGGAGCCGAAUCUGCGUUUCGACAGGUGACAGAGUUUGGAUCGAAUGGCGGGGGUACUAUGGGUGCGAUCGCGCUUUUAACAGGCCUCGUUUACUCGAACGUCGUGUGCGACAUGAACCUCGCGGGAUGGAACCUUGUCAAUGGGGUGCUUCUCUUGACGCUGGCUUUUAUAUGUUUUUUCGAGUUGCGAGUGUCGCCAAUGGCUAUGCAGCUUACGUAUAAGAUCUUGUCUGCUGACUGCUCUGUCGACGAACUGUUAUCACAGGGAGUCAUACCCGCAUCUAUUGCCAUAGGCCGGAUAGCGAUUCCUGUUCUCCUUUUCAUAUGGACAAUCCAUGGAGUGACGUCGGCACUCUAUGGCACCUGCAGUUCAACGGCACCGCUGUUGUUCGGAAUUAGCCUCACGGAGAUGCUUGUUCAGCUUGCAUGCUUUGUCGCAACAGCCUCGUACAUGGUACAUGCCAGUGGUCUGACUUGGGCCCAGGUUCAAGCGAACCUUCGGACACUUACCGUUAAAUUGAUCGACGUCUUCUCGCGGGGUGCCACUGCCGUUGCCAGUGCUCUCGGUGAGGGGAUUGUGGCCAUUCACAGGGGGAUGAAAACCGCCGCUGAGUGGUCCGUCGAUACGGCAAAGCGGUUAGAAGUAUUUUCACUGCCUCAUAUUUCGUGCUCGGAAACGCGUUUUCAGGAUCUGGGCUACCCGCCCUCAAUGUACGAUGUGCAAAUGCAAGUCAUUUUGCAACGUCUGCUUAAGAAAGUGACCCUGACUCCCACGUAUGUCAUCAGACUGGCACGGUGAAGAAGGACAGCGACUAGUUCAGUGAAAGUACGUCUUCCGCCUUGUUCAUUCCAAGUUCUAGGAUUUCGAUGGAACCCUCUUUUAACUGUGGUAAACCAGUGUUCUGUCUUCCAUGACACCUCGCGCGGAACAGAAAAUCUGAAUCCGAAACAAGAGACUGGAAUGAUAGUUAAGACUUCUCCUUGUGUCACCUGUCAGUGUCCCCCAGUGCGCGCUCCCA